UUUACGCGAAGCUAAAAUGCUAUUUACUCAUUGGUCGACGGAAAUGUUCGAAUUAUUUUUUUCCGUAAUUUCGUUAAAGUGGCUCCCUGUUAUCGUCCUAAUUUAACUAAGAUGAUGGAAACCAUUCUGGAUCACUCUUUCCGCUCUGUUUAACCUUGUCAAUAACAUCGUCGCACCUGGUUCUUCCAAAGUCAAAGGUUGUAUUUUUCUUGCUUACUUUUGUUUGUGAAUAACUUUUGUGAUUGAUUUCGACUUGUUUUCAUAUUCGUAUUAUAUCAAAAUCAGAUCCUUUAGUAUAAGAUUAUGUUUAAAACAGAUUGAAAAUGAAUUUUUUGAGAUAUUCGGAUGGGGCGAUGCCAGGUCGAAAGGCCUCUACUUCAAGCAACGAGCAAAAGAAGAGAGCUCCAGUAGAAAGGAGAUUUGCAAAUUCUUGGAAAGAAGGAAGGCCAUGGCUAAUGUUUAAUGAUGAAACAAAAGUUAUGACUUGUUCUACAUGUGUAUCAUUUUACGGUACAAACCCACCAACAAACACCAAUCUAAAAGGUCAAAAUAGAUUUAUAUUGGGUUGUGGUAACAUGAGAGUCAGUGCUGUAGUUGACCACGAAAAAAGCAAGUCGCACCAAGAUGCUUGCAGUAGGUUGGCAGCUAAAUCAGCUUCUCUCGUCGAAGUAAGCCAGUCAAAGGCCGGCAAAACUUUGACUUUACUAAAGGCAUCUCAAAGAUCAAAGCUUGCCAUGCUCUUCAGAAAUGUCCAUGCCAUUGUGAAAAACAACAGGCCUCUAAGAGACUAUGUCUGGAUGUAUGACCUUGAUGUGAAAAAGGACCUUUUCAUAGGGGAAACGUAUCGAUCUGAAAAGUCUGCUCUCCCUUUUUUAUCUUCUAUUUCAGACAUCGAACGCCAGAAGACAACUGAAAUGGUGAAAGGGGUACACUUCUUGUCAUUCCUCAUGGACGGCUCUACUGAUAUAUCAGGAGAUGAGCAGGAAGCCGUUUUCAUCAGAAUUGCAGAAAAGGGUGUAGCUAAGGAGCGGUUUCUGGCCAUUGGCUCACCAGAUAGUACCUCAUCACAGGACCUCUAUGACUUCACUUGUGAAAUAUUCACAAGUGAAAAUAUUGAUACUGAUAAACUUGUUGGAAUGGGGUCAGAUGGCGCAUCAAACAUGACUGGCAAAAACAAGGGUCUAGCGGCAUUAUAUAGGCACAAUGUCAAUCAAGAACUUGUAAAUGUCCACUGUUUCGCCCACAGAUUAGAAUUAGCAUUCAGAGAUGUUGUGAAAACUUCAAAAUUGCAUGACAAGCUUAUGACCCUACUUAUUGGACUUCAUUAUUUUUACAUCAAGCAAUACAAAAACAAACAUGGCCUCAUGGAAUCAAUCAAUGCCCUCAACAUCAAAGGAACCCUCCCACCUAAAGUUACAGGAACACGAUGGAUGUCCCAUUUUGACAGGGGUAUAACAUCCCUGACAAGAACUUUUCAAGCCUAUGAGGCCCACCUCUCCAGUCUGUCGCACACAAACCCAAAAGCUGAGGGCCUUUACAAGAUCAUGGUUGACAAAAGCCUUAUCUGCUAUGCCUUGUCUAUGAAGGAAAUUAUCAACCCCCUCAUGCGGCUGUCCCUUCGACUCCAGAAGGAAAACUCCACACUUGCAGAAAGCUUGCUUGCAGUGUCAUCAUGUUUAAAGAUGUUGCAAGCUUGCAAGGGGAGGACAAACAAGGCAGUUGCUGAGGUUAUAGAUAUAGGGUCAUACCAGGGUGUGAGGUUAAGAGGGAACACCCCAAAUACAUCAUAUGUCACUUCCAUCAUUGAUGGUUUCACUGAUGCAAUCAAUUCACGAUUUGACUUUGGUGUUGAAGCUGUCAGACAAGUCUGUAACCACUUUUCAAACACUCUCUACAAGGCAAUGGCAACAUUUGACACUGAUGAAGCUGUAAACCAAUGGAAUUGGUUCAAAAAUGAGACCUCCUCCAAGUUCGAGAAAGCAAAAGAGGGUUUAAGGGGUGCCACAUGGAAGAAGGUCUAUGAUGAUUCCAGUGACUCGAAGAUGGCCAUGCUUAUUGUAGAUCUUCUCCUCACUUUGCCCCCAACCAGUGUCUCCUGUGAGACAUGCUUCUCACAAAUGAAGCUUGUGAAAACAUGCAGAAGAACUCGCCUGCAGAGAAAGACUCUAAACGACCUCCUUGUUGUUCGCCUAGCCUCACCAUCCAUGCAGGAAUUCAAUCCUGAUCAAGCGAUUGACCACUGGAUGAAUUCAUCAGUUGGAGGCAGGCGUUUGACCUACAAGCGCCAAAAAAGAGCCUAAAUGUAGUCACAGACUCGGACUCGGAUAUGGAAAUCGUUGAAUCUUCUCCAGAGUUGGAAGAACUGGAGGAUGAUGAACUGAGCGAGAUUUUUGGGGAGGCCUGAGAGGAGAAAACUGAAGACUUUCAGGAAGAAGAAGAAAACUUCAGGAAUAUCAAUUAUUUUUGUCGUGAUGUCUAGUUUAGUGCUUGGGGAUAAGUGGGAA